GAAGACUUUUAUAGCAAAUCCUCCAGUGUCAAAAUGAACACAGAUAGCGGUGGGUGUGCUCGCAAACGUGCCGCAAUGUCUGUCACAUUAACAGCUGUGAAGAGAGUUCAGAGUUCUCCAAACCUAUUGGCCUCAGGGUCUGAAUCUCAGUCUCCAGAUUCAGCUUGGAGAUCUUACGAUGGAAGUAGAGAGACACUGAAUGGAGAUUCUAGCAGCUCAUCUCUUACAGCAAAAGGUUUUAGGAGCGUGCGGCCAAAUCUACAGGAUAAAAAAUCACCAACUCAGGCUCAGAUCACAGUGAAUGGGAACUCUGGCACUGCUGCCAGCCCAGUGAGUCACUUUCAAAGGCCUUUUUCCCCUUCUUCAGCUUACCCUCCACCAGCUUCGCUCAAUUCCAACGUUGUUAUCAUGCAGCAUGGCAGGAUGAUGGAGUCCACAGAGACAUACUCACAGCAUGUUCAGGCUGUUGGCAGCACCACCACCACCAGUACAAUACCAAUCUGUAGAUCCUCAGAAGAAGAAAAAAAAAUUACAGUCAUUAAGGCUCCACAUUAUGCAGGGAUUGGCCCGGUAGAUGAAUCUGGAAUCCCUACAGCAAUUAGAACGACAGUUGACAGGCCGAAGGAUUGGUACAAGACAAUGUUCAAGCAAAUCCAUAUGGUUCAUAAGCCUGAUGACGACCCAGACAUGUAUAAUACUGCAUAUGCAUACAGUACUGGUGGCUACAGUCCAUCCUUUUCUGCUCAGGCCCACCCAGCUGCAAAGAUGCAGACAUACAGACCCUUAUCUAAAAGCGCUUCUGACAGUAGCUCCGAUGCCUUUAAGGUCUCGUCCCCUUUGCCACCUCCACAUGUGCCACCUCCAGUACCACCACAUCGUCUGAGGGAAAGGUCUACUCCAGAAAAAAAUGACUGGGACCCUCCUGACAGAAAGGUAGAUACCCGCAAGUUCCGUUCUGAACCAAGAAGUAUUUUUGAAUAUGAGCCAGGAAAGUCAUCGAUCCUUGAACAUGAAAGACCGACUUCCUUAUAUCAUCACUAUUCAACAGACAAAGGCCUGGACAGGCCCUCUAGUUCUGCAAGUACUGCGAGUGACUACAGGAAAAGAAGGAAGUCAGAACCUGCCGUAAGCCAUCAGCGGGUGCACAGUGAUCAGAACGCAAACAGGCCUAACCUGGGCCGUACAGAUAUGCAAGGCCCAUAUACCACCCUUAGAAAGCCUUUAACUAGCUCGUCUCCUUCUUCUCCAUCGAGAGCAAAAGGUGGGGAUAUUAGCAAAGUGUAUCCAUCCCUUUUAAGUAUCUCAGUGCACAACCACAACACCUCAAAUGAAUUAGAUUACUGUAGCACUUACAGACAACAUUUAGCUGUUCCGAAUGAUUCAAGAAGAGCAAUCAGCUACAAGAAUGGCUGGCAAAUGACUCGUCAGAAUGCAGAAGUCUGGAGCAGCACAGAAGAAACUGCUUCUCCAAAGAGAAAAUCUCGUAGCUGUGAUGAUCUGCUAACAGAUGAUCGGGACAGCUUUCCCGAUGGGCAGGCCAAGUCUGAAAGCAUGGGCUCUCUGUUAUGUGAGGAGGACUCCAAAGAAGUUUGCUCCAUGAACUGGGCCUCCCCAUAUGUUGAGGGCCGUGGUAGCAGUAGGUCAAGAGUUCGUCACAGAUCUGCACAUGAUGCCCCCGGUUUCCUAAAAAUGUACAAAAAGAUGCACCGCAUCAAUCGCAAGGACUUGAUGAAUUCUGAGGUGAUUUGUUCUGUGAAGUCCAGAAUACUGCAGUAUGAAAAAGAACAGCACAAAGGUAUUCUUCAAGGCUGGAGAGAGUCGUCUACUGAAGAGGUGCCCAGAGACAUGGUGCCAACCAGAAUAUCUGAAUUUGAAAAAUUAAUUCAGAAGUCAAAAUCCAUGCCGAACCUAGGUGAUGAAAUGUUGUCAACUGUUACACUAGAGCCUCCUAAAAAUGGCUUAUGUCCAAAGAGGCGAUUUUCUAUUGAAUCCUUGCUGGAAGAAGAAAAUCAAGGCAGACGUCCCUCUCAGGUACAACGGAGCUACAAGUCUAAAACCCUGGUGCCAAUUCAUAUUGAAGUGACCAGUGAUGAGCCACAACGAUCGCAUAUGGAUUUUUCAGACAGUGAUCAAGAUGGAAUGGUUUCUGACCUCAGUGACUUCAUCCAGAUAGAGGGUUCAUCCUUUUGUAGUGAAAGUGACUUUGACCACUUUUCCUUCACUUCGUCUGAAAGCUUUUAUGGAUCAGGCCAUCACCACCACCACCACCACCACAGGCAUCUCAUCAGCUCCUGCAAAGGGCGAUGCCCAGCAUCCUACACCCGCUUCACCACCAUGCUAAAACAUGAAAGGGCUAAACAAGAAACCACUGAAGAUCCAAGGAGACAGGAAGCAGAAUCUGGCCUCUCUAAGAUAGCAUUCCUAGUCAGCCCAGUGCCUUUCCGGAGGAAAAAAAGUGCAGCUCCUAAAAAACAAACUGAAAAGAAAAAAUGCAAAUCAUCUGUGUUUGAAGCACUAGAUUCCGCACUUAAAGACAUCUGUGACCAAAUUAAAGCUGAAAAAAGGCGGGGAAGUUUGCCGGACAACAGUAUAUUACACAGACUUAUUACUGAGCUGCUUCCAGACAUUCCAGAAAGGAAUUCAUCUCUUAAAGCUCUGAAAAAGAGUCCCAUGCACCAGCCUUUUCAUCCACUGCCUCAAGAUGGUGCUAGCCAUUGCCCACUGUACCAGAAUGAUUGUGGAAGAUUACCUCUUAGUGCCUCUUUUCCAGACUUGGACGCAACUAACAACAAUGAUAGUGCACUGUGUUUCCAAGACCAGGAGUCUCCUGGAAGCUAUUCUGCUUUCACAGAUGUGGGACGAUGUACUCCAAGGGAGAGGAGAGGAACUACAGACAAAGAGAAACUGCCAGCUAGAGCUGUGUAUGACUUUAAAGCUCAGACUUCUAAAGAGCUGUCCUUUAAGAAAGGAGAUACUGUCUAUAUCCUCAGGAAAAUUGAUCAAAACUGGUAUGAGGGUGAGCACCAUGGAAGAGUUGGAAUAUUCCCGAUUUCUUAUGUCGAGAAACUUUCUCCCCCAGAAAAAGCACAGCCUGCCAGGCCACCUCCCCCUGCACAGAUUGGAGAGAUUGGAGAAGCUAUUGCCAAAUAUAAUUUCAGUGCAGACACAAAUGUGGAGUUAUCGCUUAGAAAGGGAGACAAAGUAAUUCUUCUUAAGCGAGUUGAUCAAAACUGGUAUGAAGGUAAAAUACCAGGAACCAACAGACAAGGCAUCUUCCCUGUUUCCUAUGUAGAAGUCAUCAAAAAGAAUGCAUCAAAAAGUGUUGAUGACUACCCUGAUCCUCCGAUACCCCAAAGCUAUUCUAGUGACAGAAUACACCAUUUAAGUUCAACUAAGCCACAGCGCCCUGUGCUUUCUCAUGAAAACAUACACAGUGGGGGGGAACCGUUUCAGGCUCUAUAUAACUAUACUCCUAGGAACGAAGAUGAAUUGGAGCUCAGAGAGGGAGAUGUCAUUGAUGUGAUGGAAAAAUGUGAUGAUGGAUGGUUUGUGGGAACCUCAAGAAGAACCAAAUUCUUUGGUACUUUCCCUGGAAACUAUGUCAAGAGGCUGUGAAUUUUUUAUUUCUACUUAUUUAUGCUGCAUCUCUGCAACACAUCUGCAUAAAGCUGCUAGAAAACAUGCUACGCUGGCCUUCCGUUUUCUUGCUUGCAGUCUCAAAUAGAGGCCAUCUAGUUCAUCCUCAUCUCAUCCCACCCGCCAAACCACUCCAGCAGUAUUACAGCAACGACCACGGUGUGAGUAACUGUGUGUUUCUGAAACAAGAGGAAUCCUUUCAACAUUUAGAUACUCCCUGCUUUAAAGUCUUUUCAUUUGAAACUCGAUAGGAAGAGCCUGAUGACAGGUA